AUCUUUUUCAAUUUGAGUUAUUUCCCAUACCAGCUGAUGUUACCGGAAGUGAAGAAUUCUAUAUCCUUUUUGCAACUUCGGCCGCCGACUGUAAGUUUUCUGUUGUAAAUCCCACAUAAAAAUCCGUAAUUAUCGCAAUUUCCCCUACUUCAUCGCAUUAAUAGUUUAUAUAUUCUUUAAAUUCAAGUAUUAAUAUACAUAUAUUUUCAUUAAUCUUAAGUUAAUGACCCUGCAAACGGCUAAAAUCUUCGUGAAAUGUACAUAUAAAUGUUUCCUACAUCGCCCCGAGUUUGUUUGUGUUAAAACGUUAAGGAGAAAUAAUUUUAGUUAAUGAUGUUCGUGAAAAUUCAAUUUAAACAUUAAUAAAGCCUAUCUAAAUUUAACACCUACAUGGGCAGCUACAUUAAUAUUUAUUACCCUGGGGUAGUGACAUAAUGAAAAUAAUAUGUUUGGUAAUGAAAAGAUGUGGUUCAACCACAAUGAAUGAUCACAAUAAACUAUCAUCCGUCAUCGAUCAUGCAUAGGCUUAGGCCUACAAUUGUAGGUUGAGUUAGGCAAUAUAAUACUUAAGGUGUUGGGGUCUAAAGUUUUUUUUAAAGCACAGCAUGCCAAUAUAUAUUUUUCAGAAAGAGGUGAGUUUAUAUUGUUUUAACUUUCCACAGCUGGCUAGCAAUGGCACCUCCUCGCAAGCAGCGUGAGAAGAAGAAGACAGUGACUAACGAAGUCAUCACCAAAGAAUGCACAAUCCACAUACAUAAGAGGAUUCAUGGCAUGUAAGACUGCAAUGCUAUAUAUUUUUAUGCUUUUUGACUUGUGAAAAAUGCAGAGAAAUGAUCAAUUUCUAAUAAUCAUGUCUAAUGAAAUAAACUCAGUUAAGCCAAGUUUGUGUAUGCUAUUACCUUUUAUUUAAAAUCUCAGUAAAGAUGUAGUUGGAGACAUGGUUUUUCCAAGAUUUGUCACCCUAAACACAGUGACGUCACUUAGGUAAUUCCAAAAUUUGACUUGGACAAAGAUGCAUAAUAACAUGAUUAGUUGGACCUGAACGAUGUGUAUGAUUGAUAUCUUUUCCAUUCUUCACUGAGCGUUAUUGAGGUCAUUAACUAAAUCUAAUGAUCGAUAUGGUUAUCUUAAAUAAAAAUUUGUUUUUUUAAAAUUAAAAUUCAAUUUACAAUGUUCAAAACCAAUUUUAACAAAGAUAUUCACCCUUGCUGAUACCACAAAAUUAACACCAGUAUAUAGACGUGCACAUUGUUAAACGUACUAACUUUGAUUGGUUGAGAACAAACUAUGCUAUUCAUUUCGAUCAUGUGCUGGUAUAUAGUGUAUAUAUAGACAGUACAUUUCCAAAAAUACGACCUUGGCAAUCAAGGAAAUUAUUUACAUUUUUAAGAGGGUAUCGCCUAAAAACAUAGAAAUUGAGUUUUUUUUAACUAUUGUAAAAUUAAAAUCUAUUCCAAAUGAUAGUUUGACAAUUUUCAUCUCCAGCGGUCAGAAAUGGCCAAUAUAAGCCCUGUGCUUAGUGGUAUUGCUAGACGAAUAAAGUUGGGAAAGGGUGGAGAGCAAACAUUUAGACUCCAUAAAAGAAUGAAAGAUGUUUGUGUAGGCCUGUACUUGGUGAAAUCUCUUGUCUAAAGCAUAGCCUACCUUAAAUUUUAAAUAUCCUUUUCAGAAGUUAAUUUACAAACAAUUGACUGUUCAGUGUCAGUGGCAUUAUUAUAUUAUAGGUCCAUAUUGGCUAUUGUAGCCAAAUAGUUACUUAACAUUUGAGGUUUUGUCAGUUGGUUAAAUAUAUAAUUUAGAUUUAAUUCUUUGAGGCUCCUUAAUUUUUAUCCUAAGGAAUCCCAAAGAAUUUAUAAAUACUAGUUAUAGCGUGCCAAACAUUUUUUACUACACCCCUUCCACCCAUGAUAUAUCAAUUGCACACUUUUUAUUUCACGACCAUGACCUAUAUUAAUAUUCUGAUGUCCCAGCCACUUUUUAAUCAAAUAUUUAUUGCACCAUGUUUAAAUUGAGACGAUUUCAUUUUCCGAAAAGCAAAUAUUACGCACAAAACGGAGAGUGAUUUAAACAAAAUCAUUUAGCCUAGAUGUCAGGAAUUAUAAUAUGCGCUCUAUUCAAUCACACUUUCUUUCAAACAUAGAGAAUGUAAUAUAGUUCAUUUUAAAAAUUAUUUUACAAACCAAUGAUGCAUGCAGCAAACGUAUCUUUAUUAAAUAAAGAACUCCAUUACCAACUACGCCAUCACUGCUGCUCAUGCUAAAAUAUAACGUUAACACCAUCAUUUUCCUUACCCAGAUAUACAUCACCAAAUACAAGGCAAAUAAUAUAGCAAACUGUACUAAAUAAGCUUAAUAGGAAGCAGCCAGCUUUUUAAUUGUUGUCACCUGACAAAGCCUCAACAAUGUAAAGUGAAUGUGUUCAGUAAUUAACUAAUUUUUAUCCUAAUUUACUAGGAAUUUUGGAAACCAGAUCUUGAACUUUAUCUUUUGUCUGUUCAAAUUUCAUUUCUGAUGUGAAUAAUGCGAUAUUUGGCAAAGAUCAGUAAACUGACUAGUAAAUAUCAGAAUUUCCACAAGUGUGACACACAAAGAGAAAAUGUGUACAGGUUUACAUCUAGUCAAAACACAUUCAGUUAACUUGUUAAUUGCACAUGAAAAAUAUGGCACUACAGUUACACCUUUUCAAAAUGAGUUGUGACGGGAUCUAAGACGAAUACCUACCUUGCAUCAUUUCUUUAGUUAUGGUUCAUGUUUGCUCUACGGAAAUUAAUUUACAAAUACUUGUUAUCGGUCAUUUUAAUUUUCCUCAAAACUUUCUUUUCUACCAUACCCUUCUUAUAUACAUUUUUUAUACUCUAGUUCACUAAUAUUUACUAAUGUUCUUUAUAUUGUUUUUUUCCUUAGUGGAUUCAAGAAAAGGGCACCUCGUGCUAUUAAAGAGAUUCGAAAGUUUGCUGAGAAGAUGAUGGGAACCCCAGAUGUUCGAAUUGAUAUCCGUUUGAAUAAGCACAUCUGGUCUCAAGGCAUCAGGUAAAAUGUUAGUUUUUAGAGGAAAGAUCUUUUGUUUUAGCAUUUAUUAGUUAUAUCCCUUGGCCUAAUACCUUCAAGUUCAUAUGAGAAUAAAUUGAGCAGAAAAGUUUUUCUUUUUUAAGCUUACAAUUAAGUUAUCUUGAUUUAUUCACUUGUUGUCCUUUUAGACAUGUACCUCACAGACUUCGUGUGCGACUUGCCCGUAAACGUAAUGAAGAUGAGGAUUCAACUCACAGGUUGUACACCUUAGUGACACAUGUCCCAUGUGGUGAUUUCAAGGGUGAGUUUCUUUGAUUGGCGUACCAGUGCCGUAUUCUAUUUGCCUUUUAUUUAUUCAUUUUGUUACGGUACAACUAUUUGUUUUGAGUGCGCCACAUAUGGUAAUUUUAAAAAUCGUUAGAACUCGGCUAUUUUAAACAUUUUUAAUAGAGGAAUUUGCUUAUUCGUAUGUUAUUUCUGAUGUUUUAGCACAUUUUAAGUGGAGUAUUAUAUCUAUCCCUGAGAUUAAGUCAAAACUAUGUUUAAAUUUUGAUUUAUUUCUUUUUCAGGUAAACAAACCCUUAAUGUUGAUAAUGAAUAAAAUGUGGAUAUCAUUUAA